ACACACAGUUUCUCUGCGCUCUUUGGGACCUGAGCAUGAGCUCUGCUGCAUCUCCGCGCGCCUUCAGCUGAAAUGUUGCUCCUCGUGCCCCUGCUCGCGCUCUGCUGUACACGCGCAGCUUUCGCUCAGAACCAGUAUGAAGCGGAUCUUUCCGACGAUGUCGCGCUUGAGGACGAGCUGAUUUCAGAACUGGACUUGGGCGAUGCACCGCGCAGAGUCCCUCGGCAGGUGAAAAACGUUUUAAGAAAGGAAACUAAGCCACACAUACAGGAGUUAUCUGUGUCGACCACCAUCAUCUCGCGCUAUGCUUUCACCGCUGUGUCCUGCACUAUGUUAAACAGACUCAGCGCAGCAUCUGAGGCGACUUUCACGUUUCCCGUCCCGGCAUCUGCCUACAUCUCCAACUUUACAAUGAUUGUGGGAGGGAGAGUCUUCCCCAGCCAGAUCAAGGCAAAGGAAAAGAAACUGAAAAAGGACAGAAAGGAGAACAACGGCGCACCAAAGAACAAAGACUCUGCAGAGGACAGUGAGGGUGAGAUGGAGAUGUUUCGAAUGUCCGUUAAGAUCCCUGGACGAAACCGGGCCAUCUUUCUUCUGACGUAUGAGGAGCUGUUGCAGAGACGGCUGGGUUAUUACCAGCACGUGACGAGUGUUAGACCCAUGCAGCUGGUCAGCAAGCUCAGCGUGGCCGUUACCAUCGUAGAGCACUCCCGCAUUAAGUCCCUGGAGGUUCUCCCUUUACGCAGAAGCAGAACAUCUGGCUCCAGGAACAGCAGCAAGACAGACGGUAAUGUGGGUAUGCCGCCUUCCACAGUUAUCCGACAGAAUGAGACGUUCUGCAAGAUCACUUUUACUCCUAACAUCGUGCAACAGGUCAGGAUCGCCAACAACGGCAUGCUGGGAGAUUUCAUAGUGCGCUAUGAUGUGGAGAGAGAAUUGGGAAUUGGUGACAUUCAGGUACUGGAUGGACACUUUGUGCACUACUUCGCCCCCAAAGACUUGCCCGUCGUACCCAAGAACGUUGUGUUUGUCAUUGACACCAGCGCCUCCAUGCUGGGGACCAAAAUAAAACAGACCAAAGAAGCUUUGUUUACUAUCCUGGGUGACUUGCGUCCAAACGAUCAUUUUAAUUUCGUCAGUUUCUCCAACCGUGUGCGUGUGUGGCAGCCGGGCAAGCUGGUGCCCGUUACGCCGAUCAACGUACGUGAUGCCAAGAAGUUUAUCUACAUGAUCUCACCGACUGGAGGCACAGACAUUAACAGCGCCCUUCAGGCUGGCUCAACAUUGCUCAGAGACUACCUGUCACAAAAGGAGCAGCCGAAUCAUAACAGCGUGUCCCUCAUCAUCUUCCUCACUGAUGGACGGCCCACAGUGGGUGUGGUCCACACACCAGUCAUUCUAGGAAAUGCAAAGGAAGCCGUGCAGGAGAAGUUCUGCAUCUUUACCAUCGGCAUGGGCAACGACGUUGACUAUAAGCUCUUGGAUCGCAUGGCGCUGGAGAACUGUGGCACCAUGAGGAGAAUUCCAGAAGAUGCUAAUGCUAGCACCAUGCUGAAAGGAUUCUACGCGGAAAUCGGCACCCCUCUUCUCUCAGAUGUUCGUGUUGCAUAUUCAGAAGAUGCUGUGGAGUACGUCACGCAGAACCUCUUCUCUAAUUACUUUAACGGCUCCGAGUUAGUUGUAGCUGGAAAGCUGACGAAUCGCAGCUCGGAUUCUCUCCACGUGCAGGUGACGGCCAGCAACAGCGAUCGCAGCCUGGUGAUGGAGAAGGACAUCUCUCUGAUUGAGCUUGAGCGUGAAACUAAGCGGCGUGUGGAGGAGGCGGAAGCCGGACCGAAUGCAGAUGGUUACGUCGAACGCCUAUGGGGCUUCCUAAGCGUGAAGGAUGGACUUAAUGGGCGAUUAAAGAGCCACACCAGCUCGGAAAGGGAGAACUUCACUCAACGCGCCACCAAGCUUUCGCUCUCUUACAACUUCCUCACGCCAUUAACAGAAAUGAAUGUGGAGACACCUCAAGUGCUCGCUGAUGGAAGUAUGGUAAAAGCUGAGGCUACAGAAGCUCCACCGAUACAAACAGAUCUGGAUAAUCAGGUAGCAGAAGAGGAGACCGUUGGCGAGACGCCUCAAAGCUUGCACAGGUUAAAGGAACAGCCUGCAAGAGUGUCCAUCGCUAGCAAGGUCACAAAUGGAAUUAAAAUACCUGCCAAAAAGUCUGUCACCAUAUCCAAAACAUCAGCGGAUGGAGAUCCUCACUUUGUGGUUGAUUUCCCUCUCAGCAAACUUACUGUGUGUUUUAACAUUAAUGGAGAGCCCGGAGACGUCCUCCGCCUGGUGACCGACCAUAAACACUCUGGCGUAACUGUAAACGGGAAGCUGAUUGGCGCACCAGCACCUUCCGGCAGUCACAAGCAGCAGCGCACGUAUUUUAGCUCCAUCAUUAUCGUUGUUAACAAGCCAAAGCGCUCGUAUAUCGAGGUGACGCCGCGUAAGGUCAUCGUGGAUGGCCUUGAUCGCCUCGUCCUUCCCUGCAGUUCAAGUGUCACUGUGGAUAACAAAGAUGUAGCAGUGGCGAUAGUCGCUAACGCCAACGUCACGGUUACUAUUCAAGGAACAAUCCAGUUCAUCAUCUUGAUGCAUAUUUAUAAAAACCCCGCCCCUUACCAACGAGACCACCUGGGCUUCUACAUAGCGGACAGCAAGGGACUAAGCAAGGACACACACGGACUGUUAGGUCAGUUUAUCUAUGAAGAAGUAACGCUUACAAAGCUUCCUGCAGCAACAGGAAACAUCACUAUAGCAACAGGAAAUAACACACAAGAAGUAAGCAUUACCCAGGGUAACCCUCAGCCUGGUCACUUGGCCCUAAAGGUUAAGAAGCGCACUGUGGAUGUGGUGAAGAAGAGCAGGCAUAUUUACUCCGGGGCAUAUACCGUACACUGCUGGUUUGCCAGGAAUAAUGCUGCUAAACUGAUUGAUGGACAAUACAAGGAUUAUGUAGUGUCUCACAUGUUUGACACAGAGGACUGGCUUCAUGGGUCAAAUACACACUGAGACACACAGACACAUAAUCACAGAAGAGCUUAGUCAGGUAUAAAGCAAAAAGCCAAAGAACUGAAGAAUUCUAUAUUCAGUGUAGAGUGUGCAUUAUAUCUGAAUUAUAUUAUGGCACAAUUAAACUUUUUAUAAAUGUUAUAUUUUUUUGUAAAUUUUUAAACUCAAAUGUUUUUCUAAUUGUUUGAGAAUUUUAAACUAAUAAUGUAGAUGUGAUUUUAAGAUAACAAAAGCUAAAAAAAUUUAAAACCCCUGUAGCUUUUUAGAAGAACAUUUAAAUAUAGGAAUACAACUACGAUGGUAUUUAUCUAUGGUGAUGUUUAUUUUAUGUUUUCAAUAAAAAAUAAUAUAAUAUAAAUGUGAUAUUUGUAAAGUAAAUUUAGGACUGGUUGUUGCUUCGACAGGAAUUUUGGAAGUCCACUUUUGCCUGAUUUUAGAUUAGGACUAUAUAACAAUGUCUGCACCUAUAUCUACAAGAAUAUCUGUAUUCAUAUGGAUUUACUAAUCAAAAUACUGUAUGUGAUCCUUCAUAUGAAGUCAGGUAUUAAGUCCUACAAGUUAGUUUUGCAUCAUGGCCAAUAGUGAGUGCAUUCGGUUAAAGGUGUCAAAUUUUCAAUUUCGACAAAAAUCAGUUAAAAAAUAUCUUUCUGAUCUUUUUUUUGCUGUAAAACUGCACUGCUGUUAAAAAAAGGGAAAAGUCAUGCAGAUUAGGCUAAUUGGCGUUCUCAAAUUGGCUGUAUUGUGUGCAUGCGCAUAGGAAUGUUGACUGGAGGUCCUACCAUGGACUUAACAAUAGGAAUAAAAACAAUGGCAAUCACCAUUGACCUCCACAGUCCCUAGUUGGACUACAAAUUUUCCUGGAUGGACGGAUGGUAUCUAUCUAUCUAUCUAUCUAUCUAUCUAUCUAUCUAUCUAUCUAUCUAUCCAUCCAUCCAUCCAUCCAUUUAUGUCUGUACUUACUUGUGCACACAACUCAGUAAAGCUAUUUAUUAUUAUAUACAUUUAUUCAAUUUUGAGUUUCCAGGUUGCUACUUUUUAUUAAGUAAAUGUUGUUUAUCCAAGGAAAAAGAAGAGAAGCAGUGGCUCAUUUAAUAUUCUCUGGUGUGUGACUUUAAAAGGGACAAAGCUAUUACUUAG